GUUGUUCUAAAGCAAUGUAAGGAAUGUGGCAGCCACCUUGCCCACAGCUAACCCCCACGAACAGUGGUGUAAUAAUUAUUUUCAGCCGGCACAGACUGACCACCCAGCAGUUCUGGAUAAGGAGCUCGCACAGCACACAAGAGGUGUCUUCAUCCUGAGUAAGAGAUUCACACUGGGGGCCAGGACCAGCACAAGCCGACAAAAUGUUUCCUUUCAGGUCCACAAUUCUUCACGAAAAAUCGCAGCUUCAGGAGCUCAACUCCCGGCUGGAGUCUUACCUUGCCGGGGUCCGAGAGCUGGAGAAAGAAAAUGAAAUGCUCAGUGUUGAGAUCCAGCACCUGAGGAAGGCGGGGGGGUCUGAGGAAAGUCACGCCUCUGCGGAUGAGAUCCACAAGAUGCGGUGGGAACUAGAAGAACUGGCGUUGGAGAAGGCAAGAGCUGAAAUGCAACACCACAACCUGCAGCAAGAGAUCCAGGAGCUGAGAAACUACUAUGCCACUGAACAAAUGCUUCACAAAAACAUAAGGCAAGAGGUGAAGGCACAUCAGAAGAUGCUUCAACAGAUUGAAGGCACCAACGCUUCUCUGGAGGGCAUCAUCUUCCAGCUGCAGGCAGAAUAUCAAACCCUGGAAUCUCAACACGAGCAAGCCAAGUGGGAAGUCGGGGAAGAGGUGAGGAGAGCCAGACAGGUCCUUGUUACCCAGAGCUACCCCACCACCCGCUUGGACUUUGAAAACCAUUCCCUUGCUUUUUCAGAAAUCUGGCAGGAAAACUUUGAAGUCUGCAGAAAUAAAAUCGAGGAGCUUGAAGCUGCAGCGCAGCAAGAAAAAGAGAGAACAGAAGAUUUAAACAGGGAGAAUGUGCUUUUGAUUGAGGAGAUAGAAACCCUGAAGAAAGACCUUGAAGAUCAGUUUAUUCUCCAAAACCAAAUGGAACAGGACUUCUUAACGUUUCAGCAGAAGCAUGGCAUGGACGUGGAGGAAUACCAGAGGGAAAUUGGUGUACUGGAGGAUGAGAAGCAACAUCUCGCAUCAGCCAUCGCUCUUAAUCUCAAGGAGCAACAGAAGUUGAUGCAGGUGAAGAUGGGACUGAAUCUCGAGCUUGCCACUUACAGGGCCUUAUUAGAAGCAGAACACAGGAAACAGCAGGAGAUAGGAGAGCAGCUGUGGAAAUCCAGGAAAGGUGCAGACACAAGAUCACAUAGAUAUAAUGUUAUGCCAGGUCUGACUCUUGACACUUUGGAUGAGAAAUUGUGGAAGCCAAGUAGGAAAGCUGUCCCCUCAACCUUCUGGAGAGAUGCUGUGACAAGCAACAAAGGAAUAACAUCAACACCUAUUCCAUACCGUACAUCUACAAGGACGAUUAAAGGUUCUUUCUCAGAUAAAGAUCUCCUUUACACCGAGAAGUCUUCAUUGGUUCAAAAUGUAGAUUCUUCAACAAGGUCAAGGAACACCUACAGAGGAGCAGCAGGAUCUACAUCUGUACCUCAUGACCCAUUCAGCACAAUGAAGAAGCCUCAAGUUCAGCACAAAGUGCUUCCAAAAGAGGAGAAUGAGAGUGGAGUGGUCUUACCAGGGCCAGAGAAUGUUGUGGAAGUGGUCACCCACACAUCCAGGAUACAUGCCACAGAGUCGGCUAGUGACAAUGAAACUGGCAUAUCAGAGAAUAAAGCCGAACCUCAGAGUUCAAGUGACUUGCCAACACCUAUUAGUGAGAUGGAAUAUCAUGAUGGUAAUUUCAGGACCAGUCAAUCUGCGGAAGAGGAGGAGUACAAAAGGCAAUAUCUAAAGGAUGUGAGAGCCUUUGAGCCUGGUGCAAAACAGCUGGAAUUCAAAGCAGACCUAAGUGAGAUGGGGUCACUCAUUAGCCCCGACAGCUACAUCUCUACUGCCAACCAUGAGGCAGAUGCAGAAAUAACAUCACGGUAUUUCCUCUCCGAUAAUAUUAUAGAAAAGAAUGAGGAGGAACCUACAACAGAGUUGGUGCAAGAGAUGCAGGUAAAAAGUUCACCAGAGUCAAGUGACAACAGAGGGAUAACCCUCUCUGAGGAAGGGAGUUUGACAGAUGAUGUCAGAAUCAGGGAUGUCAUUGAAACAGUCAUAAAACCCACUGAUCUGGGAAAAAUGGUUUCACCAGAAGCUGCUAUCACUUAUCACAUCGAGGAGAAGGAAGUGCUGGAAGAUGGGACAACAAAACGAGAGAUCGUCAUUCAGUCAAGGAGUGAGAAGACUGUUGAUGUGACAGACCAGGGCGCUCUUCAAGAAGUGCUGAAUAUGGACACCAAAAGUCCAGAGAUGCAACUGAAAGGGGCUUUGGAGCAUUUAACAGGGUCAGAGACGGGAAGUUUCAUAGAUGGACUGCUACACCUAGACAUUAAGGGAAGCGAGACUCCAGGGAAAGUAUCUGUAAACGUUGAGGUAAAGGAGCAGCUGUCCAAAGCUGAUGACUUGCCUGCUCCAACAGUUGCAGCCCCAUUGGAUGCUGGAGCAGGGGAGGGUGCAGCCCCAUUGGAUGCUGGAGCAGGGGAGGGUGCAGCCCCAUUGGAUGCUGGAGCAGGGGAGGGUGCAGCCCCAUUGGAUGCUGGAGCAGGGGAGGGUGCAGCCCCAUUGGAUGCUGGAGCAGGGGAGGGUGCAGCCCCAUUGGAUGCUGGAGCAGGGGAGGGUGCAGCCCCAUUGGAUGCUGGAGCAGGGGAGGAUGCAGCCCCAUUGGAUGUUGGAGCAGGGGAGAGUGAUCUUGAAGGAACAAAUGGCAAACAUGAAGAAGUCUUAAAUGUCACAAUGUCUGCUGCGGACUUCAGGAGAACGAUGCUAUCAAGUUCCGAACCAGAGUCUCAGAAAUUCCAGGAAAGGCCAACUAGCUUUUCUAUGGAUGAAACCGUGGAAGAAGUGGAAAAGGGCGAAGCAGAACUGUAUGGAACAAAUGAACAACAGGAGAGACCGCAAAACCUUUAUGGUGAUGAAGGCACAGAAAACAUCGAACAGACCAAAUUCACACUUCACGAUUCCUUUGCAAAAGAACUCCGCUCGCCAUGCAUAAUAGAAGAAUCGAUUAAGGUCCCACAGGGUGUUCAGGCAUCUAUUGUAAAACUACUGAAGGAGGAAACUGAAGAUCCAGAACUUAAACUGAAAGGAGCUUUGGAGCAACUGAAAGGGGCUGUACCUGAAAAUCUGAGAGAAGAGCUUUCACUACUCACUGGAGAAAUCCAAGAAAGAUCUGACAAUGUAUCUGUCAACAUCAAGAACAUCCAGCAAUCUUCUCAGAGAGGUGUUGUCACUAUAGAAGCUGAAGUGAAUGUGUCGCAAAGCCUUGACCCAGAAGACUUCUUCUCAAUGGAAAAGUACACUGAAGAUGAACAGGAUGUAGGUGAAAUAGGCUCUGGACUAACAUUUCUUAAUAGCCAGCAGGAAAUACAAAGGUUAUUGAAUGGGAAAGAUCUUCAGAUGGUUGAAUCUUUAAAUGAUGAUGGCAGAAUUAAAGCAAAUACUCAAGUUUUUAAAGAACAAAAUAUAUUUUUUGAGCCCAGUGCAGGAGAUGUGGAAGAUGCUGAAGAAUAUUCAUUUAUUCAAGGCCACACAGGUUAUCAGACUGGGUCAAGUGAAAUGGAAGGUGAUGUGUCUCAUUGGUUGCAAAAGGACAUAAGUAAAAUGUAUGGAGAAGAGUUCAUUCACAAAGUUUCAGAUCCCGUUGAUUCAUCGGGAACCCUUAACAUGAAUGUAAACAGAAUUAUGUCAAUGCAUGCCAGUGGAGGUGACAGUGAGGGAAGUAUGUCUUUCAUAACUCAGGAGGAAAUCGCUGAAGGAACAGAUGGAAAGGGACUGGAUGACAAUGUUUAUUGUUAUGAAGAAUGGGAAUCUGGAAGCAGAGGUGAGCUGGCUGUUACUGAUGCAAUUGAAGAGGGAGAACAACAGGCUUCUGAUUCAGAACUAAUGCAAUACUCUACUUCUCCAAAGGUCCUGACUAACCGUAGGGUUGUCGUGUCUGAAAGCAUCACACAAGUGGUUCAUGGUGAACAAGACAAUGGUGUUACAUACCUUGAUGAGGACCAGUUGGUUAUCUUUUCUCAGUCUGAUGAUGAACCUUAAAAAGC